AAAAGAAUAGAAUAUGCUUAUAUGGUGGGUAUUGCAGCAAAACCAGACCUUCCAUGCUAAGGAUGAGAAAGACAGCCAGCUUGAAAGCUGUUAGAGAGAGAGAGUAGCUAGAAAGAGAAAGAAAUGGUUGUAGUGUUUUUUUAAGGAGGUUUAAGAGAGGGUUUUAGGUCUACCAACUGGUAGUUAGAGAUUGAACUCCUUAACCAAACACCUCAGUCUUCAACAGAACCCUCAAGAUUUUACAACAACAAACAAGAACUAGAACUAGAAGCAACAACAGCCACAACAAGAACAAGUCAAGCACCAACUACUACUACAUCUUGGACAGCUGAAUUAUCAAGCAUAGAGAGAACCCCAAAAGCCAAAGCUUUUUCCACGAAGAGAUAACUAUUUCAAGAGACAACAAAACGAUACACACCAAGAAAUCAUUUCUUUUGAGAGAGAGAAAGAGAGAGAUGCUCACGUGGGGUUUUAAUGGAAUGAUGGAUAGAGAGAAUAUAUGAUGAGAGAAAAAAGAUGAAAAAAGUGAGAAGAUUCAUUGCUGUUCCUGCUUUCAAUUAUUAUUAUUAGCACCUUCUUUUCUUUUUCUUUUUCAGGGCAAAGAAAAAAAAAGAAAAAAAUAUUGAAGCUUUUCUUCUCAUGGCGUGUAUGUGUAUGUAUUAUGCGUACAUACAUAGGUCUGUGUAAUGAAAAGUGAAGGGUUGUGCUGCUGUUGUUUUGUUGUAUUGGGAUCAUCAGAUUUGUGUAUCAGCAGAUCAAGUUGUCUUUGAGAUUUUCUGUUCCCUAAAACACCCACAAGUGUUACUGGUUUCCAGUUCCCUGGGCGGUAUGUGAUUGAACUUGCAUAACCAGGCAGGAAAGUCUCAAGGCUAAUACAUAUGGCUACCUAUUAUACUAGUUCAAAUAAUCAAAGAGAUGGUGCUGCAAUGGUAUAUCUGCCUGGUUCAUAUCCAGAGGCGCCAGUUCUUCCUGGCAAUAUGAUGAUGUACAUGAAUUCUGGAUCAUACUCGGACAAUUUGGCUGGGAAUUCUCACCAGCAAAACAACUGUAUUGAAUUUCAGUCCGUGGAGAAUUCUGAUUCAACCCCACAGCAACAAGAAAUCCUGUCAAAUCUGGGUGGAUCACGAAUAGGGGAGCAUGGUUUUGGUGCAUGGAGGGAUGGUAGAAAUGAGAUGCUAGUCAUGCAUUCAGUGAGUGGUGCUUCCAGCGUUCUUCACGGGGCACAGAGCUUGCAGGGCCAGGGUUUAUCUCUCAGUCUAGGCACCCAAAUCCAAUCUGGAAUUCAAAUGCCCUCGAUUUCCUACCGGAAUACCAAUCCAGGCCUUACUUCGUUCUUGAGUCCUAAUUCUUCAAUUACAGGUGACGGUGGUGGCAGGAAUGGCUCUUCCAGGGAUGACCAGUCAAGAAAUAUUGAUUAUUUGACACCUGGUUUUUCUGGGGGUAAUCACGAUAUGAAUAAAGGUGAUUUAUCUCCAUAUGGAAUGAAUAGCAUUGCAAGAACAAUUCCCAAUUCCAAGUACCUGAAGGCAGCACAACAACUACUUGAUGAAGUUGUCAAUGUUCGAAAAGCGAUAAAGCAACCUGAUAAAGAGAAAAACCAGACCACAAGUGAACAUGGACUGAACAGUGCAAAGGAUGGUGAUAGUGGAUCAAAGAAUGGUGCUUCAAACCUUCAAGAAUCCACCAACUCGCCAAGUGAGCUUUCACAUGCUGAAAGACAAGAAUUACAGAACAAGUUGACAAAGCUUUUAUCCAUGCUAGACGAGGUUGAUAGACGAUACAAACAGUAUUAUCAUCAGAUGCAAAUUGUGGUGUCCUCAUUUGAUGUGAUAUCAGGAUGUGGAGCGGCUAAACCAUACACAGCGCUUGCCCUCCAGACUAUUUCCCGUCACUUUCGGUGCUUGCGUGAUGCAAUAACUGGCCAAAUUCAUGCAACCCGUAAAAGCCUCGGGGAACAAGAAACUUCAGAAAACAGUAAAGGAGUUGGAAUUACACGACUCCGGUAUGUGGACCAGCACCUUAGACAACAGAGGGCUCUUCAUCAACUUGGUAUGAUGCAACAGCAUGCGUGGAGGCCACAAAGGGGUCUGCCUGAAAGCUCUGUUUCAAUUCUUCGUGCUUGGCUGUUUGAGCAUUUUCUCCACCCUUAUCCAAAGGAUUCUGAUAAGAUCAUGCUGGCAAGGCAGACAGGCUUGACUAGAAGUCAGGUAUCAAACUGGUUCAUUAAUGCACGAGUGCGUCUCUGGAAGCCCAUGGUUGAAGAGAUGUACAAAGAAGAGCUUGGUGAUGCAGAGAUGGACUCUAAUUCUUCUUCUGAAAAUGCAGCCAAAGCAAGAAAAGGUGAUAUGGGAACCUCUGAAGACAGAGGGGAAGAAUUCCAACAAAGUGCUAGUUCCACAGCCACUGAAAGAUGCAGUGCAGGACAGUUGAUGGAUCCCAAAUCUGACCACGUUCCUGAUAUGGAAAUGGCAGGAUCAACUACAAGAAGCAACUUCCAAAAUGGCACACGUGGUGAGGCUUUUACUGAGUAUGGCUUGCUAAAGCUGAGGGAGGACCAAAGGCCUAGUAUGGAUGACUGUGGUCUCUUCUCUGAUGCUAUGGCUCACUCCGAGGGGGGUGGUGAUAGGUUUAUAGCGGCUGCUGCCGCUGCGUACCAAAUGUCUGAGGUGGGAAGGUUUGGAAAUGGAAGUGGGGUGUCUCUUACAUUGGGUUUGCAGCACUGCGAGGGUGGCAACCUUCCAAUGUCAGGCACAACUCAUCAUGGUUUUGUUUCCAUGAGAGGGGAUGAUGAUAUCUACAAUGCAGCAUCUUCGGUGGGGGCUGGGGCCACAGAUUUUGAGUGCUUAAAUCCUGGGAACAGGCAGCACAGGUUCAGUUCCUCCCACGUAUUUCAUGAUUUCGUAGCUUGAAAUAAUUGGUUGAGGAUUUACAUGGGGUGAAUAAAUCACUUUUGAAACAGUAGCAGCCAGACUUUGUUCCAGUAGGAGCAUUCAUCUCACUUUCAUAUGGUGAAAGGGAAGGUUGUGUAUAACAGAGCUGUUGUAGCAUAUCAAAAGAAUUGAUUGGCAGGUUAGCAUAUUGUAAAGAUGCUUAUUUUUUUUGUCUAAUAUGUGGAAGGAAAAUGUAUAAUUAGUGGCAAAUUUGGUAUUGGAAAAGAAAGUUCUGGUUUGAAAUAAAGAGUUAGGAAAUGGCUGGUUGUUCUGAA